UUCAGAUAUAAUUCUUUUUAGGUAUGGAAGCAUUUGAAUUGGAUCCAUGCCAUCCAAGAAGCGGACGAAGUUCUUCUGGCUUUCAACGACCCGGAUCAGUGACUUAGAAACGACGUCAUUCAUCACGUGAUUGGUCAGUGUUCAAGCUCGGUGUCCUUGGCACUUCACUCGGUUAUAGCUCGACACUAAAAGAAGGCAUCCUUAGAACAUACUACGACUUUUGACACACCAGUAACAGAUUAUAGAAUGAUGGAGCACUAGUUGAAUAUACCCAUUGUAUCCAGUAACGGAGGUCGAUCGAACAAGCUGAUUUGCUUCAUGCGAUGGCUGACGAGGACAGGAUCUCUGAAAUGUUGAUAAACACAGUAGAGGAUGAACGAACUUUCAGAAGAUUUCUGAACAUCAUGAAUCCUGUUGAGAUGGCUAUAUCCUUAAAAGGCUCUAUAUCCGACCUGUCUGCGCAGGAAGUUGUGAGGUCAGUAACGAAUUCCGGCCACAGUGACAGACAGGCCAACGACGAACUGUGGAGGGCGGUGAAGAGAAUUCCUCGGUGGUGGGAUCCUUUCAUCAAGGCACUCAACCAGUGUGGCUCCACGCAACUUUCACAUAUCCUCCAAUCUAAACUAGAUAGCAUAACGUCUUCACCACAAGCCUGUUGCCCACGCACUCCACCACCACGUUAUCAGUCAGUGGAAGACCAGCAGAGUCCAACUCAUCUUCAACAUCCAGUUAGCCAUGAAGAAAGUCCAACUUCUGUCCAGGAAGAGUUAGCUCAUUCUCAACAAAUCUCAAACUUUUCUCAAGACUUUCCAGCUUAUCUUCAGCAGCACCCACAUAUUCAUCAACAACUUCCGUCUAUUGAUCAACAGUUUUCAAGACUUCCCCCAGAACAGCCCCCAGUCUACUCUCAACUAACUCCAGUGUGUUGUGAACAAGUGGAAAACAUUUAUCGAAAUGCACCAUGUAAUGACCAGGCUAUAGCAGGACAUACGUCUGAGAAUAUGUCCAGUGAUGAAGAUUUUACAAUAAGCGCUGUCAUAUCUGAUCAAGCUAAGAAAUUAAAACUAUUUACAAUUCAUGACGAGAAUACGUCCAUUCCAGGAAGUCAUGUAAUAGAUACCAAUAUAGCAAACUGUCAGCAGACAUGGUUGGGAGAAAAGAAAGAUACAACUAACGGCGUGAAAGGCCUUGCUGCCAACAAGUUGAAGAAGCGUAUUACUAGCGAAGAGAAUGAUCUCUCAACUAACUUGAUGAAUGAUCUACCUGCAAUUAGCCAGGGGAAAGAGCUUAGGUCUGUUGAGAGAGAACACACUUUAAAGUUGAAAGGAUCGGUUACUAAAGUGGACGAAACCAAGACUGACGACACGAUUGGCGCAAACGUUAUUUCUCAUCAAGACACAAGUUAUCUAGAUGACGCCAAUGAAAGUUUGCCAGUGCAUCAAUCUGGUGGAAAUUUACCUAUAUUAGACUUACUGCUAUCAUCAGAUACUCGAGAUCCUGCUGUACAGACAUCAUACCCGCCUACUGGUUCAACAGAAAACACGCAAACUGCAGACCCACCUGGGCUCACAACAGAUCCAGCUGAGAAAAGCCAACACACUGACCCUCCUAUUGGAAAAUUGCCAUGUACUUUGGAAAAUCAGGAACGUGACUGUGAUUUUGACGAGGUUUCCAUGUUUUACAUGACUAGAUCAGGUAGUGUGGAACUAAAGGGAAUAUCGUUUGUAAACGAACUGCUGAACCCACUCGAUGGGCCGAGCGUGGAGCAGCAGGACGCCGAGCUCCGUGAUACUCACCACAAUUACCAGUCUUACAUGCCUUGCAUUCAACUAGGUCUAGAACGUCUUCAAGUCCACGGUCCUGUCGGAAACUCACCAACAGAAGAAUCUAGUCCAGCAAACCUACAAUUCGUCACAUCUGGCAAUCCAGAACAAGAUGUUUUAGCCUUUAUUUUAGAUACAAAGCAUACUUCUACAUGUGAGAUCAACACAGUCAGUGAUUCACUAGGUGAUCAAAAACACCGGGUAGAUCGUCAUUCACGGACGUCUGGGUGUGGGAAAGAGGUACAGCUUGCCACCAUUGAUAGAAGUGCAGAUCCACAAGUUAUGAAAACAAACCAGGCAUAUACGAAUUCUACAGUUAAGCCCAAUCAUGAGAACAAAGCACGACACGUUCUACGUGAUAAAACCGAACACUCAAACCCAAAUCUGGCAAAUGAAGAUUAUGCACGUAUGUCAGAAUAUGAGGAAGAUUCACAAGCCAUCCAAAAUGAUGACAUUACAGGUUCACAAACUAUCAAAUUAAAUAGGACACAUGAGAAUGUAUCAGAUACAGCCCAGAAUGAGAAUGAGGUGAGGUGUAUCGCAAAGUAUGACACUGCUAGUCUACAGGCUGUCAGAGUAGAUAAGAGAGAUACUCCUUUAGGUUCAUCAGGAAACGAGAAGCAGCACACAUCCAUGUUUGGAAGUGAAGUAGGCCACACACAAGCUGAUGAGGAAAUUCGACAACUUGGGUCUACAGGACACGUGGGAGAGGUGGAAACACUACAGGUUGACCAAAUUAAUCACCAAGAUGUACCAACUACAUUUCGGUCAUUCGUCAGUAGCCCGAUUACUAGAACUGUAACAGAAACUCUGCUAACAUUUUUCAAAUAAAAGGUACAGAAACAUUAAACACCUUGCUGUGUUAGAUCUAAACCAGGUUAGUACAGAAACAUUAAACACCUUGCUGUGUUAGAUCUAAACCAGGUUAGUACAGAAACAUUAAACACCUUGCUGUAUUAGAUCUAAACCAGGUACAGAAACAUUAAACACCUUGCUGUGUUAGAUCUAAACCAGGUACAGAAACAUUAAACACCUUGCUGUGUUAGAUCUAAACCAGGUACAGAAACAUUAAACACCUUGCUGUAUUAGAUCUAAACCAGGUUAGUACAGAAACAUUAAACACCUUGCUGUGUUAGAUCUAAACCAGGUUAGUACAGAAACAUUAAACACCUUGCUGUAUUAGAUCUAAACCAGGUUAGUACAGAAACAUUAAACACCUUGCUGUAUUAGAUCUAAACCAGGUACAGAAACAUUAAACACCUUGCUGUGUUAGAUCUAAACCAGGUACAGAAACAUUAAACACCUUACUGUAUUAGAUCUAAACCAGGUUAGUACAGAAACAUUAAACACCUUGCUGUGUUAGAUCUAAACCAGGUACAGAAACAUUAAACACCUUACUGUAUUAGAUCUAAACCAGGUUAGUACAGAAACAUUAAACACCUUGCUGUAUUAGAUCUAAACCAGGUUAGUACAGAA